GUGGGUGUGCUCAGCCGAGGCGCUUCCGGCAGGCACGGGCUACGGGAAGCCUGCCGGGUAGGUGAGGGCGAGUUCGCUUCCCGUCCGCGCUGGCCGCCGCCAGUGUCGGCAGCCCGCGCAGCGCAAGAUGAACUACAUGCCCGGCACCGCCAGCCUCAUCGAGGAUAUCGACAAAAAACACUUGGUCCUGCUUCGAGAUGGACGGACACUUAUAGGCUUUUUAAGAAGCAUUGAUCAGUUUGCUAACUUAGUGCUGCAUCAGACUGUGGAGCGUAUUCAUGUGGGCACAAAGUACGGGGACAUUCCUCGAGGGAUCUUUGUGGUUAGAGGAGAAAACGUGGUCUUGCUAGGAGAAAUAGACUUGGAAAAGGAAAGUGACACCCCCCUCCAGCAAGUAUCUAUUGAAGAAAUCCUAGAAGAACAAAGGGUAGAACAGCAGACCAAACUGGAAGCUGAGAAGCUGAAAGUUCAGGCCCUUAAAGACCGGGGCCUCUCCAUUCCUCGAGCAGAUACUCUAGAUGAGUAUUAAGUCUCUGCUCAGAGGCUGUUGUCACUGAGUGAAAGUGACAUCCCGGUCACCUCACACAGCCGACCAGAGACUGUCAAAUUGAAAUGAGAUCUUUAUUUUCAAUUUUCAAUUCUCUCACAUAUGCCAACAUGAAGAAAUCAUGGGAUUUUGUUUUGUUUUUUAACAAAAUCAUUGUAUAUCUUGUUUUCCUUUUAUUUUUGUUUUUGACACAGUCUCCCUUAUAGAGCCCUGGCUGACCUAGGACUCACUUGUAUACCAGGCUGGCCUCUAAGUUGGGCUAUCCUUAAGCCCCUACCUCAGAAGUGCUGGGAUCACUUGUGUGCCACCACACCCAGCUUCAUUGUGUAAAGAAAUAGUGGUAUGAACUCCUCCCCACACAGCAGUGUGGAGCAGGAAUCAAGCCUUUACAUUGCUUUUCUUAGCCCAAAUUAGAAUUUACAGAGGACUUUUCUCCGUAGACUUGUAAAUAAAGAAUGAAUCUCAGAACUGUCA